AUGUUCAUGUUACCUGGUGUUCAUUACAUGAAUAAUAGAAUAGAAGAAAUUAAAGACAGCGGUAAUAAAAAAAUUAAAAAAGUUAAAGGGACAGCUCUUCGAGGAGGCAUAUUUAUUCUAACUAUCGGUAUUAUAUUAUGGCUAGCUAUAUUUAUUUACAUUGCAUUUUAUUAUACAUAUAUGCCUGCUUUAACUCAUGUUAGGCCAGUACAUCUUCAAUUUAAAACAUGUGAUAAUCCUGAAAGUUCUAUAUGCAGCUUUCCAGCAACUCAUAUUCCAUUAACAAAAAGGCAAAAUUUUUUAAUGGUUGGCCAAAGUUAUAAAAUUUUUUUGUCUUUUGAAAUGCCAGAAUCGGAAGCGAAUAAAAAUUUAGGAAUGUUUAUGGUUUGUUUAGAAUUAAAUGGUCAAAAUGGAGAACUAGUUGGUCAUUCUUGUAGGCCAGUCAUGCUUCAUUAUAGGAGUAAAUUACUAACUAUAAUAAAAACAUUAGUUUUUUCACCCAUGCUCGUAUUUGGUACAUCUGAAGAAAAACAAAUUGUACAAGUUGAAAUGUUUUCAGAUUUUAGAGAAAAUGAGAAUAUUCCAGUAACUGAUAUGUAUGUUGAAAUUAAAACGAAAAAAAUAGAGUUAUAUUCAUCAUCGAUGCAAAUCCAAGCUCACUUCACCGGCCUUAGAUAUUUAAUGUUUCAUUGGCCGAUUAUUUCUGCAAUUUUCGGUGUUGGAAUUAAUUUAUUUUUAAUUCUUUUCAUAUUACUUUUAUCUUGGUAUCAUUUAUUUGGUAAUGAAGCUAAUACAAGAUACUACUCGAGAAUAUUUAGAGAUAAAAUAACAUUAAAUUUAUUGAAAAAAGAUGAUUCCAAUGAUGAAGAAGAAUCAACAGAAUUGGUAGAACUUACUUCGAAAAAUAAUAAUGCUCUAACUCGACAAAUUUCAAAAUCGGUUAUUCCAAAACAAGUUUUUUUAGUUCAUAUUUAA